AUGGAUUCUGAAGCAGCUCGUUUUUACAACAAACUACUCUUGGAUAAAUUUGCUAACAAUCUUGAUUUUGUUCCUCUACCAGGUGACUAUCAGGGAACUGAAUAUGGAACAUAUUUCGAAUUAUUUUCCAACGAAACGGCACGACUCAAAGCUUAUAUCAUCAAUUUAGCAAAAGAUCCGAAAUGGAUUGAGCAUCCUGAGCAAGGUCUUUCUCAAUUUGAUCCGAGCAUCUACCAAUUUACAUUUGAACAUUAUAGUAGUUUGGCGUCGAUAUCAACGGAUGAAUUUCCCAAAAUUAAACAAUGGGCACAAAAACAUUUAGAUUACCUUAUGGAAGAAGUCAAUCAGACGACUGAUCGCCUAUUAAUCGAUCCCAGAGAUAAGGAAAAGUCGAUCUACGAAAAAAUGAUUAUUAUUGGCAAACAUCCAAGUCAACAAUGGUCUUCAAAAGAAGAAAUGAUUGAAGCACACGAAACAAGCUUAGCUAAAUAUCGUCAAAUUUUCAUUGAUAAAUAUGGUUUCAAAGAAUUUAAUUCACCAGGUAUUGUUGUUCUCAACAAUCCGAUGUUGACAGGUGGCUAUUACUAUAAAGAUAAAUUCUAUUUGAAUGUUUACAAUUGGAUCGAUGGUACUUUCAAGUAUGAAGUAGAAAGUCUCACUUUACACGAAACAAUACCUGGUCAUCACAUGCAAUUGGACAUCUCCUAUCAUUCACCACACCGUAACUAUUUGGCAGCCAUAGAUUCGCCACUGUGCAACGGGUUCAUUGAGGGUUGGGGUCUCUUCUCUGAACAUCUUGGCGACAUGCUUUUCGAAGAUCAAUGGGCCUAUUUCGGCUAUUUGCAAGCGAAUAUUUUGCGAACAUUUCGGGUCAUUGCCGAUAUUCUUCUUCAUGUAGAAGGGCAAACUCCAUCACAGGUGAUCGAAUUAGCCAAACAAUACUUAACUACCAAUGAAGAGAGUAUCACGGCAGAAAUUUAUCGAUAUCGCGUUCUUCCUGGUCAAGCGUGUGGGUAUAAGAUCGGCUUAGAAGUAUUCAAGCACAUUGUUAAACACAAGUUCAACGUUGAUCAAAUGAAAGAUCUCAUUCGAUCGGACCUACUCGAAUGGUACAAAGACGUGUUGUGGAAAGCAGAACAACCAUUAGAUCUAUUAUUGCGUGAAAAUCGAUUACAAUGGUCGUUUGAUGAAUAA